UUGGACAAUUUUGAAAAAUGCAUUAUUUUCAUAACAAAAAAAUCUUGAACUGGUUUUAUUUUCGAUUGAUACACUUACGCGACUUCGGCUAGAUGAAGUGUUACAUAUUAGCAUUUUUUGCCUUUGGUUUAUUCGUUUUGUUCUUGAAUCUGCCUGAUGAGAAACCAUGCGGUGUCACAGCCUCUUGGAGACUAAUACAUCAAGACCCCUGGCUGGUUCUGCUCGAGUACCACCGUGAAGGAAGACGCACAGGUGCCAGGUGUGGAGGUACGCUGGUCGGACCCCGUCACGUCAUCACUGCUGCUCACUGCGUCAGGAACGCCUUCUUCGAUCGGUUAACCGUACGCUUGGGGGAAUACGACACGGCCUCUAAAAUUGACUGCUCUGAAGGUGUUUGUUCUGACAAAGUUGUUCGUAUCAAUGUCACCGAGAUCUUCGCGCAUCCAGACUACGUUGAUAAACAAAAUGACAUCGCUGUGUUGAAGCUAGAGAAGGAUGCUCCUUAUACUGAUUUCAUCCGUCCUGUUUGUCUUCCUACUGGAACGUUAAGUCCUAGGACAUUGUUCUUGGCCUCAGGAUGGGGUCAGCAAGCAAACGGCCUAUAUAGUCACAUCAAAAAGCUGAUACCAUUACCGAACUGGUCGAUUGAAGAUUGCCAAGCAAUGUACAAGCAAACAAAGUUGCCCGAUAAAAUAAUUUGUGCUGGUGGCGAAAGAGGAAUGGACACGUGCCGCGGGGACUCCGGUGGGCCAUUAGUGGUCAUGAAGAGGAGAUCUGAGUUGUGGGGCAUCACCAGCGCCGGCCACGUCCAUUGCGGUUCACAAGGAUAUCCCGGGAUUUAUACGAAUGUUACCAUGUUCUUGGACUGGAUCGGAGAUGUAAUAAAGAUUUGAGCACUCGAAGAUGCGGUAGUCGGUUUCAAGUUGCUAGUUGUCCCGGGGGACGCCGAAGACGGAAUGUUAUUUCGUUGAAGAUAUUAACUAAAGAACUUAAUCAAGGACAUGAGAAGAAA